AUGUCCACUGCUGUAUCUUCAAUACGCACUUUUUCGAUCCUGGCUGUUGCGGUCUCACUCGCCGGCCUUGGUGGAGCCCACCCAUCUAAAGCUGCAAGAGACGCUCUGCCAAUUGUUGAUUUGGGGUAUGAGUUGCAUCAAGCGGCGUCUUUCAAUGCAACAGGGGGCUUCUACAACUUCUCAAACAUCCGCUACGCAGCACCACCCCUCGGCAACCUCCGCUUCACGGUCCCAAAACCCCCUGCCGUAGACCGUUCGAAGGUGCAAACAGGCAGCGUCGGCCGCGUCUGCCCUCAAGCAAGCCCCGCCUGGGAAGUCGUCGCCGCUGUAGCCGUCCCGGAGUACCUCGAAGGAAUUCCUUUCAAUACAUCUCAGACAUUCAACACGUCGGGUAGUGCCCCAACUAUCGACCCCCGUACUACCGAGGACUGCCUCUUUCUAGACGUCGUAGCUCCAAAGCACGUGUUUGAAGGCGCUGGCAAACGUGCUCAUGCUGCGGUGCUCGUUUGGAUCUUCGGGGGCGGGUACACGGCAGGGGAGAAGAGUGAUGCGCAAUACAACCCGUCUGGGCUCUUCAAGGCGAGCGAUGGUAUCGGUGAUGUAGUCUUUGUGUCUCUGAACUAUCGCCUCGGGGCUUUUGGAUGGUUGUCUGGGCCGAAGUUCCAGUCAGAAGGCGGCGUGACGAAUGCAGGCCUCUAUGAUCAGAGAUUGGCCCUGGAGUGGGUGCAAAAGAACAUCCACCUCUUUGGCGGCGAUAAGAACCGCGUGACGGUCAUGGGGGAGUCAGCGGGCGGGGGAAGCAUAAUGCACCAGAUUACCGCUUUCGGCGGCCAACGCGGCCCCGUCCCAUUCCAACAAGCGAUCCCCCAAUCCCCCGGCUUCUUCCCCACAACCUCCCUCUCCUUCCAAGACGCCACCUACGCCGCACUCCUCAACCUAACCAACACAACCUGCCUCGCCGAGCUGCGCGCCCUCCCCUCCGCGACCCUAAUCCGCGCCAACAUCCUCACCGUCGGCGCCGCCCCCUACGGCCUCUUCACCUACGGCCCCGCGGCCUCGGGCGCCUUCACGCCCGCCCUGCCCGGCGUCCUCCUCGCCUCGGGCCGCUUCCACCGCGCCGUGCGCCUCCUGACCGGCCACAACGCCGACGAGGGCCUGCUCUUCGCCUCGCCCUACGUCACCACGCAGGCCGCCUACGAGGCCCUGCUGCGCAGCCACUUCGCCGACAUCACGCCCGCCGCCGUCGCGUACGUCGCGGACGUGCUCUACCCGCCCGUCUUCGACGGCAGCCACGGGUACAGAGACGAGACGGCCCGCGUGGCGCUCGCCGAGGCGGAGAGCUCGUUCACGUGCAAUAACGUGUAUCUGGCGCAUGCGUUUGGGAAUCGCAGCUAUGCGUAUGAGUUCACGACGCCGCCGAGCAUCCAUGGGCAGGAUGUGCCGUAUACGUUCUGGAACGGGGGGGUGGCGGAGGGGGUGGUGAAUGGGACGGUGGCGCGGGCGUUGCAGGAGACGGUGGUGAGUUUUGUGGUGGAGGGGCGGCCGAGGGGGGUGGGGGUGUAUGGGGCUGAGAGUGAGGUGUUGAGGAUAGGGAGUGCGAGGGUUGGGGUGGGGAGGGAUGAUGUGGAUGCGGCGAGGUGUGGGUGGUGGCAGAGGGGGGCGUGGAGAGAUGGGUGA